UAAUGAUGUACAAGGAAAAGGGGAAACAACAUAGAACUUGACGAGAGAAGAAGUAGAAGCCAACCCCAUGUGAGCUGUUCAUUUCGACUUCAUAAUUUCGCUUCCAUAGCCAGUAAGCUUAUUGUUGCUGAUCUGCGGAUUACGAAGCCGCAUGAUCUUCACGAUAAACACAAUGAAUUUCGAGCAUUGUUUGCUCCCAAGCUGCAAAAAUCUAACGUGGGUCUUCUUCUUCUUCACCUUCUUCUUGCUGUUCUCUCUCUCCCUCUCCGAUCCCCGGAUAUCUCAGUCCGGACUCUACUGUGGCGCCUUCAAGUCCCCACCAGUCACCAACUUCAUCCCUACCUUUGUCAAAGAAAUGGAGAGCCUAUCCCAGCUCAUCACCACCAAACACUGGGGCACCCACUUUGUCAACUUCACUCCGCCCAUGUACGGCCUAGCUCAAUGCUUCCAAGACCUUUCCCACACUGACUGCCUCCUUUGCUAUGCGGCAAGCCGCACCAAUCUUCCUCGCUGCCUUCCCUCCAUCUCAGCUCGCAUUUACCUCGAUGGCUGCUUCCUGCGCUACGAUAACUACAGCUUCUACCAUGAAGCUACCGACCCUUUCAUCGACACUGUGAACUGUAGCUCAAAAAAUGGUAUGGUGGGGGAUGGAGUCGCUAGGUUCGAGUUUGUUAGGACUGUUGGGUUUGUGAUUGGGAACGUUACGAGGGCUGCCGUGGCAAACAAAGGGUUUAGCUUGGCCGAAGUGGAUGGAGUGUUUGCGUUGGCGCAGUGUUGGAAGAGUGUUGGGAGCGAGGGAUGCAGAGAGUGCUUGGAGAAGGCGGGGAAGACGGUGAGAAGGUGCGCGCCUAGGAGGGAAGGGAGAGCGCUGAAUGCUGGGUGUUAUUUGAGGUAUUCGACUGAGAAGUUUUACAAUGAUAAGGGAGAAGCAGAGAAUGGUGCUCACGGGUCUUCUCGAACAGGAGUCAUCGUAGCCAUUGUUUUAUCGGCAGCAGCCUUCUUAAUGCUUUUUCUGUUUGUCACAUAUGCAGGCUAUGCAAGAUUAUUACGGAUCAAUGAAGAGCGCAGCAGUCUGGGAAAAAUCUCGACUAGUAUUAACAAGUGUGAUUGGAACUUCAAGUAUGAAACUCUUGAGAAGGCAACAGACUACUUUAAUCCCUCGAAGAAAAUAGGUCAAGGAGGAGCUGGUUCUGUAUACAAGGGGACUCUUCCAAAUGGGAAAACCGUUGCUGUUAAGAGAUUGAUAUUCAAUACCAGGCAAUGGGUGGAUGAAUUUUUCAAUGAAGUAAAUUUAAUCACUGGAGUUCAUCACAAGAAUCUUGUGAAACUUUUGGGUUGCAGCAUUGAAGGCCCUGAGAGCCUCCUGGUUUAUGAGUAUGCGCCGAACAGGGGUCUCGAUCAGUUCAUUUUUGAUAAGAAUAAAGCCCAGAUUCUAAAUUGGAAGCAGCGAUUUGAUAUCAUUGUUGGAACAGCUGAAGGGCUUGCAUAUCUUCAUGGAGGUACUAAAGUAAGGAUAAUUCACAGGGAUAUAAAAAGCAGCAAUGUUCUACUGGAUGAAAAUCUCACUCCAAAAAUCGCCGACUUUGGCCUUGCUCGAUGUUUUGCCCCUGAUCAAACUCAUCUUAGUACUGGCGUUGCUGGGACACUAGGUUACAUGGCUCCUGAGUAUCUUGUUCGAGGACAACUCACAGAGAAAGCAGAUGUUUUUAGUUUUGGAGUGCUGGUCCUUGAGAUUGUAAGCGGUAGGAGGAAUAAUGCCUUCAUUGAGGACUCUGGUUCUCUUCUACAAACAGUAUGGAAACUCUACAGAGCAAAUAAAUUGGCUGAAGCUGUUGACCCUCGCCUGAGAGAUAAAUUUCCUGUAAAAGAGGUAUCGGAUGUGCUUCAAAUUGGGCUUUUGUGCGCACAAGCUUCAGUUGCUUUGAGACCAUCAAUGGAGGAGGUAAUUCAGUUACUAACUAAUGGACAAUGUGAGAUUCCUAUACCAAACCAACCUCCUUUCCUGAGUGCCAAUGUGCUAGAGUCAACCAGCUCCAUGAAGUCCUAUAACAUGAACAGCUUAGAGUCACAUGCGGCAACGAAGAUUGAGGCAUCCUACACUUCGGAGUCCUCUAGUAUCGACAGUUCAGAUGGGCUAUCGAAGUCCUGCAGAAGUAAAUCCGAGCGAAAUUUCUAAUGAAAAUGCUAAUGUAAGUACAGCAAUGCGAAAUGAUCAAACUCACUUCUGUAAGUUGAAGUCUUGCUUGAUUCUAUACAGCAAAGCACCCUCUAAG